AUGAAUAAAAUCAGUGAACUGUCCGGUUACACUAAGAUAAGAAACACUCUUUAUUCUGAGGCUGCAAUUGGGAUCUCAGGCAACAGCUUCCUUCUUCUCUUCCACAUCUUCAUGUUCAUUCAUGGCCAGAGGCCCAGACUCACUGAUCCACUCAUCAGGCUCUUGUCCCUAAUCCACAUACUGAUGCUGCUAGUCAUGAGUUUAGUAGCUACAGACAUUUUUAUGCUAUGGAAGAGAUGGGAUGACACCACGUGCAAAUUUGUUUUCUUCUUGUACAGACUUCUUAGGAGCCUCUCUCUUUGUGCCACUAGCAUGCUCAGCAUCCUCCAGGCCAUCACCCUCAGUCCCAGGAGCUCCUGUCUAGCAAAGUUCAAACAUAAAUCUCCAUACCAUAUGCUAGGUUACCUUCUUUUCCUGAGCAUCUUCUUUUCAUCCAUUAGCAGUCCCCUCUUAACAUACAUAACUGCCGCCCCUAAUUUGACUUUACCUACUUUUACAUAUAUCACUCAAUCUUGCUGUCUUCUGCCCAUGAGUUACUCUGUCCGCUACACGUUUUUUAUACUGUUGACCUCCAGGGAUGCCAUCUUUGUAGUUUUCAUGGUCCUCGCCAGUGUGUACAUGGUGACUUUCCUACGCAGACAUAAGAAACAGUCCCAGCUUCUCCACAGUGCCAGCCUUUCCCUCAAACCUUUUGCAGAGCAAAGAGCCACGCAGAGCAUCCUGUGGCUCAUGAGUUUCUUCGUGGUGAUGUACACCGUGGACAGCGUCAUCUCCUACUUAAGGAGUACAGAUGAUGGUCUCACUUUGCAUUGUGUCCACAUUCUCACAGCCCAUGGCUACGCCACAGUCAGUCCUUUUCUGGUCCUCAGUACUGAAAAGCAUAUAAUUUACAUUUUCAGAUCCCUAUUUGGAAGGAUGGUGAACGUCAUAUUACUCUGGGAUGGAUAA